AUGUCGAAAGAACUCCCCCGCCACGAGAGGCGGCCCUCCUCGCCAUCCGUCCCCGGCGGAAGCCCCUUCGACUGCAACUUGAGCGUCAAGACUCUUCUCGGCUUCCUCUCGACACGAGCCCUGCGCGGCGGCCCUCGUCUGGUCAUCCAGCUCAUCCUGGCCGUAUUCGGCCUCAUUAUCCUGGGCAAGUUCUUCACUUCGCCGUCAUCAGAUCUCAUGACCGGAUCGAGGUGGACGUGGUCGCCCUUCGGCAGCAAGAGUGACGGUGAUGUCGGCAGCGGCCAGCCCGGCGGCGUGAGGUUGAUCGUCUUCGGAUCGCCCGAUAUCGCGACGUCCUCGAACGGAAAGGGCAGCGGCUGGACUGAGAUGCUCUGCAAGGAGCUCGCCUGCUCAUCCCACCACUCCUUCAUCCCCCAGACCAGCCUCCCAGCUCAAGCCCUCACCGCGCACGACCACUACAACGCAACCAUCGAGAAGGUCACCCGCGAACUUGACCAGGAGAAGGCCCCGGGCUACAACUACGACUUCAUCCUCGAUCAGUACCCCCUCGCCGACGCCAUCGCCGACCUCACCGCCCAGGUCGACCAGUUCCUCUCCCAACCGCAGCCCCGGCUCGUCCCGAAGGAGACCAUCUGGGUCUUCACCUUCGGCACCUGGGACAUCUGGACCCUCGCCACCCUCCCGCGCGAUCUGGGCCAGGGCAUCGUCGACCUCGCCAUCCGCGCGCUCUUCGCGCAGGUCGAGCGAGUCUACCAGGCGUCGUUGGACACGAACUCGGUGGCCUUCUCCGACUUCUGGGCGUACCAGGACGCCGAGCUCAUCGAGAAGCUGAACAAGAUGGACAGGGAAGGCGGCGACAUCGACGAGCGCGAGGUGGAGAACUUCAGGGUCAUCAUCCCGGAGCUGUUCGACAUCUCCCUGACCCCGGGAUGGCACGCCCAGCGGCAGAGCCCGCCGAGCCCGCACACCAAGGCCGAGCAGAUGACCAACGCCGCGCACCUCACGGACCGGUGGAACUCGGAGGUCAGGGGCCGCAUUGACGAGUGGAAGCGCACGGCGGACCCGGAGCCCAAGGAGGGCGAGGAGAGGGGCCAGUUCGGCUACAUCCCCGCCAGCAACCGCGCCUCUCCCAAGCUGCGCCGGGCUGCCAGAGGUCUCGAGGCGCCCGCCGAGGGCGACGCACUGAGGGUCCCGUUCCCCAGACGCGUAGCUGCUCAGGUCAACACGGCCGAGUUCGUGAGGGAGGCGAUCAUCGAGCGCCAGAUGAGGCAGCACGGACUCGCGGACUCGGACGGCCGCGGAAACAGGUCGGAGCCGGACAGGGGCGUCUACUUCACAGAGACGUGGACGCCUUGCAUCUGGGCCAAGACGGGCGAGACGCCAGAGGCUGCGGGGGGAUACUCGGCGUGCGACGCGCCCGGCGACUACCUCUUCCACACGCCGUUCACCCUCAGCGACCGGGCCAUCGAGUUCACGGCCAAGGUGGCUGCCGCCGAGACGCGGGAUAAGCUCGCAUUCGUCGACGCGGUUGAGGAGAAGGAGGGAGAGGGCAAGACGGUGGCGAAGGUGGCGAAGAGGAAUGAGAAGAGGGGCGGGAGAACUUUCCAGCGCGUGCUGAAGCCGAACCAGGCGCUGAGGAUCGUCGAUGCCGCGUGCCCUACCUUUGACGUUUGCUGA